AGCAAAAGCACCAGCUCAAACAGCUUUCUCGGAGAAAACUCAAGAACUCAUUCACUCUUCCAAAAGAAGGUGGUGUAUGUGCCUCAGCUGCAGAGCCUGUGAACGUGAUCAUGGCUGACUCUUCCUCUGAGGACCACUCUCUGAGGAUCGUUCUGGUAGGGAAAACUGGAAGUGGAAAAAGUGCAACAGCAAACACCAUCCUUGGGAAGAAAGCCUUUGAUUCUGGAGUUGCUGCCCACGCUGUUACAAAGGCCUGUCAAAGAGCAUCCCGGGAAUGGAAGGGGAGAGACCUGCUCGUUGUUGACACCCCAGGGUUCUUUGACACCAGGGAGAGCCUGACAGCCACCUGCGAGGAAAUCAGCCGGUGCGUCCUCUUCUCCUGCCCAGGACCUCACGCCAUUGUCGUGGUUCUCCAGCUGGGUCGCUACACGCAGGAGGACCAGAUGACCAUUGCAUUGAUCAAGUCUCUCUUUGGGAAGCCAGCCAUGCAGUACAUGAUCAUCUUGUUCACUCGCAAAGAAGAGCUGGAGGACCAGAGCCUAGAGGACUUUAUAGCCGAUGCCAGUGUGAACCUGAAAAACAUCAUCAGGGAGUGUGGGGACCGCUACUGUGCCUUCAACAACAGAGCAGGGGAGGCUGAGAAGGAAGAUCAGGUGCAGGAGCUGGUGGAGCUGAUAGACAAGAUGGUGUGGAGCAACGGAGGGACAUACUUUUCUGAUGCCAUUUACAGGGACGUAAAGGAAAAGCUGAAACGAGAGACAGAGAUCUUGAAGAAAACCUACACUGACCAGCUAAAUGAGGAAAUUAAACGAGUAGAAGAGGAAUAUGCUCAUAGAUCAGAGCAAAAAAAGAACAAAAUAAGAAAAUUGAUAAAGAUGAAAUAUCAAGAAAAAAUCGAAGGUAUAAGGGAAGAGGCUGAGCGCAUUACAUGUAAAUGUAUUUUCUGCUGGAUUAUGAAUGUGCUUUCAGAAAUAUGGGAUUCCUUUUUCAAGUAAUAUAAAUUUUAUUCUUUCUUCUUAAUGUACUGUGAUUUUGUUAAUGUAGUGGUGUAUAUUUUCCAAAGAUGGCUACGGCAUUAUCCUUCCCUACCCCUGAUUUA